AUGGUUGCCUCGGGCUUUGUGGACAAUAAUGUCUCGCAAUCCUGCCACGUCUUGGCUACGGCGGGAAACGACAACGAUAUUAACCUUUGGAGAGUUUCUUUUGCGGACGAGGAGGAGCUCCGAAACACCGAGACUCCGGAAACUCCUAUUUUCGAACACCGACAACUGGAACCUAGUACAAGCAUUCAUUAUAUAUGCAGUCUGUCACGUCACGAGGGACCCGUCAAUGUUGUGAAAUUCAGUCCGGACGGACUGCAUUUGGCAACCGCCGGCGACACAGGAACCAUCAUUGUAUGGAGUGUUCCGGUAGCGAAACGUGGGAAUGGCAACGGUCGCCACUUUUGGUCCAGUAUUGCGCGUGAAGCCGAUUUGCAUAUGCAAAUUGUGACUCGGACGGGAGAAGGCAUUGCCGACGUUUCCUGGAGUGCUGAUUCCAAGCGAUUCCUUGCUGGUAGUAUUGACCACUCCGUUUUUUCCAGUUGGAAGAUUGUCUACCGCAACGGAAUUGAUCACACUCACUUUGUGCAGGGUGUCGCUUACGACCCUCUCGGUGUGUACCUCGCUAGCAUGUCCAGCGAUCGGACUGUACGGGUGUGGACGCGAAAGUCGCCGCUGAAAAAGAACAAGCAGGUGCUGCGUCCGGUUAAUGUACACAGUAGUAGCGUGGUGCCGCCCGUCGAGCAGUCGCGGAAUACCAUCGUCGUGAAGCAACACUUGUUUGCCGACGAACCUACAUUACAAAGCUUCUUCCGACGCUUAUCAUGGACGACGGACGGUGCCUUUUUGGUGACACCGGCGGCCUUGUACCAUCCACCGCAGGCAAGCGAGCCCGUGUACGCUACAUAUCUGUACGCCAGGCACAAACUGGACGAGCCGUACAAAGUUUUGGCCGGACUCGAAACGCCUUCUGUUGCGGUACGGCCAAAUCCGGUUCUCUUUCAACUUCCUUCGGGCGCGACCUACAACGAAGACUGUAAAGAAAACCAAGCCGGCAUGUCGACAUGUAACAAGCCAUCUACGUCGGGCUUGCCCUACCGAUCUAUCUUUGCCGUGCUGACGUGGAACACGGUGCUUAUCUAUGAUACGUAUCAUGAUACCCCACUCUCCGUUGUGAAAGGUUUGCAUUACGCCAACCUGUCCGACGCUACUUGGUCGGAUGACGGACACGUCCUCAUAGUUUCCUCAACGGAUGGCUAUGUUUCAGUUUUGCAGUUUGCUCUGGGAGAGCUGGGA